GAGAAGGAAGAGGAGGAGGAGGAGGGAACGGGGCCCCGGUGGGGGGGCGGAGCGGCCGCCGGGGGUUUGUUUUCUCGGCAGUAGACAUGGCAGACGAGACCCCCAAGAAGGGGAACUUUUCGGCUCUCGUUGGACACACCAAUGGCCUCACGAAACCCGCUUCCCUGGCGGCGGCCGCCGUCGCCACGAAACCCGGGGGGGGCGGGAGCAGUGGCGGCUCCUCAAAGAAAUUAGUGAUUAAAAAUUUCAGAGACAGACCGAAGUUGCCAGAUAAUUACACUCAGGAUACAUGGCAGAAACUUCAUGAAGCAGUUAGAGCCAUACAAAGUAGCACCUCCAUUAAAUACAACCUUGAAGAACUCUACCAGGCUGUUGAAAAUCUCUGUUCUUACAAAGUGUCCCCAACACUCUACAAGCAACUUCGACAGGUUUGUGAAGAUCAUGUCAAAGCACAAAUCCUUCAGUUCAGAGAAGAUUCUCUAGAUAGUGUUUUAUUUUUAAAGAAGAUAAACAAAUGCUGGCAAGAUCAUUGCAGACAAAUGAUCAUGAUUAGAAGUAUUUUCUUGUUUUUGGAUCGCACUUAUGUACUUCAGAAUUCAAUGCUUCCUUCUAUAUGGGACAUGGGAUUAGAACUAUUUAGAAACCAUGUUAUUAGUGAUAAGCUGGUUCAAAGUAAAACUAUUGAUGGAAUUCUUCUGUUAAUUGAACGAGAGAGAAAUGGUGAAGCUGUAGACAGGAGCUUAUUACGAAGUCUUUUGAGCAUGCUCUCUGAUCUUCAAGUCUAUAAAGAUUCAUUUGAGCAGAAAUUUUUGGAAGAGACUAAUUGUUUAUAUGCUGCAGAAGGCCAAAGACUCAUGCAAGAAAGAGAGGUCCCAGAAUACCUUAACCAUGUAAACAAACGUUUAGAAGAAGAAGGAGACAGAGUAAUAACAUAUUUAGAUCACAGCACACAGAAACCACUAAUUGCUUGUGUGGAGAAGCAGCUUUUAGGUGAACAUUUAACAGCGAUUCUACAAAAAGGACUUGAUAACUUGCUUGAUGAAAACAGAGUGCCUGAUCUCACACAGAUGUACCAAUUGUUCAGUCGAGUAAAAGGAGGGCAACAGAUACUACUGCAGCACUGGAGUGAAUACAUCAAGACUUUUGGAACAACAAUAGUAGUUAAUCCUGAAAAGGACAAAGAUAUGGUACAAGAACUGCUAGAUUUUAAGGAUAAAGUGGACCACAUCAUAGAAGUAUGCUUUCAGAAAAAUGAAAAAUUUAUUAACUUGAUGAAAGAAUCCUUUGAAACAUUUAUCAACAAGAGACCAAAUAAGCCCGCAGAACUAAUAGCAAAACACGUUGAUUCCAAGCUAAGAGCUGGUAAUAAAGAAGCAACAGAUGAAGAACUAGAAAGAAUUCUUGACAAAAUUAUGAUAAUAUUCAGAUUUAUUCAUGGUAAAGAUGUUUUUGAGGCAUUUUAUAAGAAAGAUUUGGCAAAAAGACUCCUUGUUGGAAAAAGUGCUUCUGUUGAUGCUGAAAAGUCUAUGUUGUCAAAACUAAAACAUGAAUGUGGUGCUGCUUUCACCAGCAAGUUGGAGGGGAUGUUCAAGGAUAUGGAACUCUCCAAAGACAUUAUGAUUCAGUUUAAACAGUACAUGCAGAAUCAAAGUGACCCAGGUAAUAUAGACCUGACAGUAAAUAUACUCACCAUGGGAUACUGGCCAACAUACACACCCAUGGAAGUGCAUUUAACUCCAGAGAUGGUUAAACUUCAAGAAGUAUUUAAGACAUUUUAUCUUGGAAAACACAGUGGUCGAAAGCUUCAGUGGCAAACCACUUUGGGACAUGCUGUUUUGAAAGCAGAGUUCAAAGAAGGAAAGAAGGAGUUUCAGGUGUCACUCUUCCAGACAUUAGUGCUCAUCAUGUUUAAUGAAGGAGAUGAAUUCAGUUUUGAAGAAAUAAAAAUGGCCACUGGUGUAGAGGACAGUGAAUUGCGAAGAACCUUACAGUCUUUGGCUUGUGGUAAAGCACGAGUACUGAUUAAAAGUCCAAAAGGCAAGGAUGUAGAUGAUGGAGACAAAUUCAUCUUUAAUGGAGAUUUCAAGCACAAAUUGUUUAGAAUAAAGAUAAAUCAAAUCCAGAUGAAAGAAACUGUUGAAGAACAAGUUAGCACCACAGAACGAGUGUUUCAGGAUAGACAAUAUCAGAUUGAUGCCGCUAUUGUACGAAUAAUGAAGAUGAGGAAGACCCUUGGUCAUAAUCUUCUAGUUUCUGAAUUGUAUAAUCAGCUGAAAUUUCCAGUAAAGCCUGGAGAUUUGAAAAAGAGAAUUGAAUCUCUAAUAGACAGAGACUAUAUGGAAAGAGACAAAGACAACCCUAAUCAGUACCACUAUGUUGCAUAAUGAAGACGACAACAGACUGUUUUCUAUAAAACACUAGAAUGUAUCUUCAGGACACUGAAACAUACCGAUGCUGUUUCCAGACCUACUUUCAGCAGAUUUUCAGGUUGAUGCAUAUGGUUCAAUCAGCUGCAUGCACUGCUGUGGAUGAGAAAAGCAAAGGAAAUGUUUCUUGGUUCAUCCUUUACAAGGCAUAGUGAUUUUUAAAUGGCAUACAUCUCCUCUUCCCUGACCCCACCACCCCCAAUCUUCCUCUUAUUCUAUUAGACCAUUAAGAUUGUUUCUACUGCUCUGUACAAAAUAAUUUUGAAGUUGGACAGGAAGAUACCAAUUAAAAGACAUUUCCUCUUGUGGACUUUUUUUCUGUGACAAAACACCGAAAGUUUGGUUUGGAUUUGUGUGUGAUCAUGAAUGCACAUCAUUUAAAAAAAAAAAAAAAGAAGACCCUAAAUGCUGCA